AUGUUUUCAAGAUAUAAACGAAAAGUGCUCGAAUCGAGUUUCGUAGAGGAAACUCUUAUCAACAGCCUCCAAGUGGGUGCAAUACCCGCACACAUCGCAUUCAUCAUGGAUGGAAAUCGACGAUACGCAAAAGCCCACGGGAUGCCGGUUGCGCAGGGGCAUUUUUUCGGAGGAGUAGCAUUGAAAAGGACAAUCCACCUUGCCUUCUCAUCCGGCGUGAAGUGCAUCACCGUAUACGCCUUCAGCCUAGAGAAUUUUCACCGACCAAAGGAGCAAGUCGAUGAUCUUAUGGCACUAAUAAAGUGGCAGUUAAGCCAGAUUAUUCAAUCAGCGGAAGCAAGGGAAAAAGAAUCACCUUCAUUCGCAGUCAAAGUACUUGGUCGAUUGGACCUCCUGAGUGCCGAUUUGAGGGAAACUAUACAAACGGUGGAAGAGAUGACCCGCCACUCGGAGCGAACUGUCAAUCUAUGCAUCGCAUACACGUCACAUGAAGAGAUGAGCAGGGCAGUGAGAGGAACGGUGGAAGAAUGCUAUCGCGGGAGACUUACUUGCUCGAGUGUUACGGCGGAAACAUUAUCGGCGCGAAUGUAUACGGGCGCUGAUCCCCCAAUCGAUAUUCUUGUUCGAACAUCGGGGGUUUAUCGGUUGAGUGAUUUUAUGCUUUGGCAAUGCCAUCAAGAUACUGAUAUACAGAUUGUUGAUGGUUUGUGGCCUGAUUUUGGAGUUUGGGAUUUGUUUUUGGUUAUAUUACGUUGGCAGAGAAAGCGAACGGCAUAG